AUGGGUACCAAUCAAAAGUGCAGUUCAAAAACGAAAUAUUUUGUUGUAUCCCUUUUAUUUCUAAUGGCAAGUGUGAAAGCAGUGCUCAUAUUUGAAGACGACAUAAUAUUAGAUUGGCCAUCUAACAAUUAUCCGCGAACAAAACGUGCUGCAACGGCAGAGAAAGAACGAAUUUGGGAUUUUGGUGUUGUGCCAUAUGUAAUUGAUGAACAUGUUGGUUUUAGUGGCGAUCAAAAGGCUGAAUUUAUCGAGGCAAUGCAACACUGGGAAAAUUUCACGUGCAUCAAAUUUGUAGAGCGUGAUGCCAGCGUCCAUGAUAAUUUCAUUCGCUUUACAUCGUUGCAAUGUGGCUGUUGUUCGGCCGUCGGUAAGCAGGGUAAUGGCGGUCAAAAUGUGUCAAUUGGUAAAAAUUGCCAUGAAAAAGGUAUAAUUGUUCACGAAUUGGGGCAUGUUCUUGGUUUUUGGCAUGAACACACGCGGCCCGAUCGUGAUGAUCAUGUUAAAAUUUUAAGCGAAAACAUUCACACCGAUCACGAGCACAAUUUUCGCAAAUUAACUUCGGCCGAAGUCGAUUCGUUGGGUGAGCCAUACGAUUAUGGUUCAAUUAUGCAUUAUACACACAAUGCAUAUCGAAUACGUAAGUAUGAUUCAGAAAUAUGGACAAUACAACCGAAACGAGGAAAAAAUGGACAACGACCGUACAUUGGCCAACGCGAUCGUUUGAGUGAAGGUGAUAUUCGGCAAACGAAUAAACUGUAUAAAUGUCCGGCUUGUGGUGAAACAUACCUUGGUCCGCAGGCGACAUUUACAUCGCCGAAUUAUCAUCAGUCAAGCUCCGGCAAAGACUACCGAUGUGAAUGGCGGAUUUCAGUGACGCAUGGUGAACGAAUUCGUUUAAAUAUCACCGAUUUUGAAAUGUUCCCGUCCAACGACUGCAAAACUGACUAUUUGGAGAUUUUCGAUGGUUAUUGGAAUAAAUCACCGUUACUUGGUCGAUUUUGUGGAAAAAAUAUUGAACAAGUAAUAAUGUCAACGGGAAAUCGAAUGAUAAUCAAUUACGUGUCCCAACAUACUAAGCAUCGUGGCUUUGCUGCAAAAUAUGAGGCAAUUUGUGGUGGUGAUCUGACAAUUUCCAAUGGCCAUAAAAUUGAAUCACCGAAUUAUCCACAAAUGUAUCUGCCAAAUAAGGAAUGUAUUUGGCGUAUCACGGUGCCGCCAACUUACCAAAUUGCCAUGGAUUUCAAUUCAUUCGAUUUGGAAAUGGAUUCAAAUUGCCGCAAUGAUUUCAUUGAAGUACGUGAUGGUGACAACGUCAAAUCACGUUUAAUUGGAAAAUAUUGUGGAAAUUCAUUGCCACCAAUAUUGGCAUCAACGUCGAAUAAAAUGUACAUUCGAUUUGUGUCCGAUGAUUCGACGACCGGACGUGGAUUUUCGGCUGAAUUAUACCAGGAGAUUGAUGAAUGCACACUAAAAGAUCAUGGUUGCGAACAAAAUUGUAUCAACACAUUGGACGGUUACACGUGUGCUUGUCGAUUGGGCUUUAAAUUACGAUCGGAUGAAAAAACGUGCGAAGUAAAUUGUGGCGGUGUGAUUACAACAUCAAAUGGUACCAUUCAAUCACCAUUGUUUCCCCAUUCAUAUCCAGCAAAUGAAGAAUGUGUUUGGGAAAUUAUGUCGCAUGAACCAAAUCGAAUUACGUUGAAUUUUACGCAUUUCAAUUUGGAGGGGAGUCAUCUAAUCCAAGAAGAAUGUGAAUAUGAUUCAGUUGAAAUUUCAUCCAAAUACCCGGAUGGUCAUUUUGUGCGACAAGGAACCUUUUGUAGUGAACUGCAUCCUCCGUCUAUCACAUCCACAACGAAUAUCAUGCGCAUCACAUUUAAAUCCGAUAACAAUGUGCAAAAAACGGGAUUUUUCGCCAUUUUUACAACAAACAUUGAUCGAUGUGCAACAAAUAAUGGUGGAUGCAAACAUAUUUGCCGAAAUACUUGGGAUGCCAUUGAAUGUUCAUGUAACAGUGGUUACACUUUGCACGACAAUCGACGUGAUUGUAUUCCAGGCGGUUGUCGAUACGAAAUUACAGCACCAGAUGGUAUAAUUCAGAGUCCAAACUAUCCGCAACACUAUUUCAAAAAUAUGGAUUGUAUUUGGCAUUUUAAAGCGAUUCACGGACAUCGACCAAUUCUGAAAUUCCAACAAUUCGAUCUGGAAGCCGAUUAUGAUGAAUGCACAAACGAUUUUGUGACAGUAUAUGUUAAUGUGGAUCCAUUAAUGCAAAAGUUUGUGUCCACCGACAAAUUUACACUGGGCACCUAUUGUGGAUCGAUGACAAAUUCGAAUUCACUACGACUACCACCGGUAAAACCACUUCGAUCUCCAUCGGACGAUCUCUUUAUGGCAUUCAAAACGGACGCCAGUGCACAACGGAAAGGGUUCGUGGUGAGACAUUCGACAGCAUGCGGAGGACAUUUUGACGCAACAUCAACCAUCAAAUAUAUCUAUUCACAUGCUCGAUUUGGUGAUACCUUUUAUGAUAAUAAUACGAGCUGCGAAUGGAUUAUAAGUAAAAAUCAACCGGGCUUGAAAAUCCAUUUGAAAUUCAUGGAAUUUGACGUGGAAAAGGAUAGGACAUGCUCAUUCGACUACGUUGAAUUGUUCGAGAUGCAAAAGAACCAAGAGUGGAAUUUGUAUGGUAGAUAUUGCGGAAAUGACAUACGAAUUGAAGUAGUGACAUCAAGACGGUUGAAGAUUCGAUUUGAAACCGAUGACUCCGACAGACGGAAAGGAUUUUCAGUUUUGUACAGUAUUGCCAAUGCGACAACACUUCGGGAUUUCAACAGCGGUUCGACACGAUUCACACGACUUUUAAAUUUAGAAAAUGAGUAA